CUCAAAUCUUUCGUUUGUAUAUUAUUUCAAAUAGAAUGGCAGUUGAGGAGACGACAGAGCCCCGUGAGUUGGUUACUACUGUGUCSCCAGACGCGCAUGAAGCCAUGGACUGGCUAUCCACUUGAGGAGGACACAUGGAGAACCCCGCGAAAUACCUCUCAGUGCACAAGAGCCACUCCGUCCCGUUACCUCUUGGGGAGAUUAUGUGGAACUCGACCGAAUCGGAGGCAACAUCCAACGGUGGAAAGGAAUUGGUCAUCCGGACAGUGACGGGCUGUUUGCUCUCCCUGCUCAUCCUGUGGACACUACUGGGAAACAUUAUGGUGUGCUCCGCCGUACUCCGAAUUCGGCACUUGCGAAGUAAAGUGACCAACAUUUUCAUCGUUUCUUUGGCUGUGUCGGAUUUAUUCGUUGCAGUUCUGGUGAUGCCAUGGAAAGCUGUGGCCGAGGUGGCGGGGUAUUGGCCGUUUGGUACUUUUUGUAAUUACUGGGUGGCUUUUGAUAUCAUGUGCUCAACUGCGUCCAUCCUCAACCUCUGCAUUAUCAGCGUGGAUAGAUAUUGGGCCAUAUCAAGUCCGUUCCGGUACGAGAGAAAAAUGACCCAACGAGUUGCCUUCGUUAUGAUAAGCGUCACGUGGACGUUGUCUGUACUCAUUUCAUUCAUACCAGUCCAACUGAACUGGCACAAAGCCAGCGAAGACGAAAUAACUGGAGUCCAUAACGCCUCCUUGAGUAAAGUAGAAGAAAACUGUGACUCUAGCCUCAACAGAGAAUACGCCAUAUCUUCAUCUUUAAUAAGUUUCUACAUACCCGUAGCAAUUAUGAUUGUGACAUACACGAGAAUAUAUCGGAUUGCUCAGAUCCAAAUCAGGAGGAUAGCUUCCCUAGAGCGCGCCGCGGAGCACGCGACAAGUUGCAGGACCAACAACAGACUCGAGUGCCAACACCACAAUACCUUGAAAACAUCUAUUAAAAGGGAAACCAAAGUUUUAAAAACGUUAUCGAUCAUUAUGGGCGUCUUUGUGUGUUGUUGGUUACCUUUCUUUAUUUUGAACUGCAUAGUUCCAUUUUGUGAUAAACCACCGACUGACAAAGACGCAGGUCUCCCUUGCGUGAGCGAGACAACUUUUGACGUUUUUGUUUGGUUCGGCUGGACUAAUUCAUCCAUGAAUCCUAUUAUUUACGCUUUUAACGCAGAGUUCAGAAAAGCAUUUGCCAGUCUGCUGGGUUGUCGUAAUUUCUGCUCCAGAACACCRGUUGAAACUGUAAACAUUAGCAACGAGCUGGUCUCUUACAACCAGGACACCCUUGUCCACAAAGAAAUCGUGAAUGCCUACGUCAAUAUGAUCCCCAACGUAGUGGAAUGCAUUGAGCACGAGGACACGUUUGACAGGAUAUCACAGUUAUCUCACAACAAUGAAAAUGUCACCGACUCUGUUUGUGACUUGGAAGACUGUGAGGCAGAUAUUAGCCUCGACAGGAUGACACCAUUCACCCCCAAUGGUUUACAUUGAAUACACUUGUAACACCUCGUGCGUAAAAGGAUGUAUUGCUUCAAUCAGAUAUUUGAGAUGUGGUGUUGUUGUCCCAUGCUGAAAAGUGACGUAAAUUGGUGUCUUAUUACAUAAGAAAAGUCUAUAUUUAUUAAUUUAUACUAAGGUUAUGGCUUCUAAGUUCUAUGUAUUCGGAGCAGCAGGUGUAAUGCAACCAGUUGCUCUUAUUGACACAGUGGGCUCUAUUUGCGGUGAGGUACCCAUUAUUGAGUUCAGAUAUUAUACUGCUUAUCAUUAUCACGCUCAAUGACAGCGUGCCAGACUUUUACAGACUAUGGAAAAGGAGCAAAGCCUUACAAGGCAGUGUAACCACGCACGUUCAUCACAUGCAGUUGUUUAAAACGCCUUAUUUAUUCUGGGAAAGAGUGCAAUAUAGUUUUGAAACAAGGGAAAUGUUACAGGAUUGUAAUGUGUUUAAUUUAAAUGAGGCCAAAAUAUUUAAAGUGCUGAAUCAUUCUCUCGUUCUCUCUCUCUCUCCCCCUCUCUCUGUGUGUAUCUGUCUCUCUUUCUCUAUCUAUCCUGCUCUCUAUGUGUCCGUCUCUGUCUCUCUGUCUGUCUGUCUACUUUCUCUCUCUCUCCCCGCUCUGCUCGUACACAGACAUAACUGCGCAGCACAUUUGCCCACACACAUUAGACAAAGCCUUCUCAAUCGAAUUAUGCACAUAGAGCAGGCUUGCUUGACUUUACCCAUAAUAAAUCCACACCGAUUCAAAACGAAUUAGGAACUGUUGGAAACUUUAAUUUGACUGAUUAUGGUGAACACCUGCUAAGUAUGAUACGCUUAAUUAUUACUUAGCGGAUGUUCUAUUCUCUGUGUGAUAUUCUACCUCUCUAUUUGGUGAUAAAAUGGCCAAGAUGCACAAAUCCAACCGUCUCCAUGCACCAAAGUAUGGCAUACAUAUUAGGAAGUCCACCAGACACCAUCCAUUAAGUUAAUUGACUUUAUGCAUCUCCCUCAUAGCCAGUUAAUGAUAAACUUUUAAGAUCACAUAUGUCUACAAAUGAAUCAACAAUUCAGAUGAUGUGCAAUGAGGUAAUACAGAAACUUGGUGUGAAACUCCACAGUGGGACCAUGGUCAGCUGGAUGUAGCCUACAUUUCACCUCAGCUAAUGUCCAUCUUUUGAUAAUGUACA